CUAAUCUAAGUACGAGGCGCUCGGCCGCAGUGCUACGCGACUCGGCGGGCCUUCUACAGCUUUCAAAGAGCUAAAGCUUCCCUAGACGUUGGGCAGAUGCGUGCCGGACGAAGAUGAAGUGACUUACCGGCCGGAAAAGUCGCGUUAGUUCGGAAAACUGUGCAACGCGAGAUGAACCUAGCGAUUUUCUUUCUGCUCUCGAUCUGGCUGGGAGGCUGUGUGGAGGGCAUACGAUGGUUGUCCCUCCAGCAUUCAAACAUCCAUUGGAACCUCUCAUCGGCCAACAACAACCCUUCCAGAGGAAUAAGAUCUGGCAUAAGAUCUCCUUGUGGUGUGGCAAGAAGAAGGUAUGGUUUCAUCAAGAUCCAGGCGAAACUUUGCCGAUCCUGGAUGGAGACAAUGCCUCACGUGCAGAUGGCAGCCACCUUAGCCGCAGAUACCUGUCAGAAGGUCUUCGCAGAUAGGAGAUGGAACUGUUCUUCCAUAACUAGAGCUCCGUUUUUGAUGCCUGACUUGACCAGAGCCACCAGAGAACAAGCCUUCGUCUACUCAUUGAGCUCUGCCAGUUUAACAUACGCAAUGGCCAGAGCCUGCUCUAGCGGAGCUCUAUACCACUGUACCUGCGCUGUCAAACCAACCGAAACCCCAAAUGAGAACUUCCAAUGGGGUGGCUGUGGAGAUAACCUCAAAUGGGGAACCACUUUCGCCAAAAGAUUCAUAGACAAUGCGGAGAAAUACGUGGCAAAAAAAACCAAGGAAAAACUGAAGAAAAGAGAUAAUAGUUUCGAAGGUGAAGAGCAAAGGAAGUACUCUUUGGUAAAGACUCAGAUGGCCUUAAUCAAUUUGCACAAUAACAGGGUAGGGAGGAGAGUUAUUUCAGAAAGCAUGACAACACAGUGCAAAUGCCAUGGUGUCUCUGGUUCAUGUAAUAUAAAAACGUGUUGGAGGGCGCUACCGUCCAUGGUUGAGAUAGGGAAGAAGCUACUGCAGAGGUACUCAAACGCCAAAGAAGUUGUUAAAGAUGUGUUGCCUGAAGAUGUUGAGGCUGGGUAUAAGUAUCCGGGCACUAAUCAAUUGAUUUAUCUUUCUAAAUCACCUGAUUACUGUACCAGAGAUGACAAGCUAGGCAGCUUGGGAACUAUAGGAAGACAAUGCAACGUAACUUCCAAAGGCCCAGAUAGUUGUCGUUUAUUAUGCUGUGGUAGAGGUUAUAGAACGGUGGUUGAAGAGAAAAUAGAGAGAUGUCAGUGUAAAUACUACUAUUGCUGUUAUGUCAAAUGUAAAGUGUGUAAAACUAGUAGUUUAAGAUAUGAGUGCAGCUAAAUUUGUCAGAAUAUACAUCGAAUGUAGAGUAUUUAUAGGAAGAAAAUUAAUAUAUCUUUAUUUAUAUACUUAAUAAGAUACGGGGGGUGAUGACAAAAUAUAAUUACUAUUGAUAGAGCGAAACAUAUCACAGUAAGAAGAUAGAGUGCUGAAAAUUGAGGAGUAGAGCUUUUGAGAUACACUUAGAUGCGUUUAUUGUUGAACGUUCAAAUUAAUUUUGAAGUAAUUCUCUUCUUAAUACUAGAAUUAGGCAGAAGUACCUAAUCAACAAUAUGUUCCUUCAAAAAGUAUUUGGGUACAACUACUUGUGUGAAAGGCAGGGUAAACAUGAUUGUAUAGAAUAAAUAAAAGAGAGAAAGGAAGGAUUCAAAUCUUGAGUAGGCCUAAUGUAAAAUGAAAAAAAAAAAAUAGUUCAUUUUCCAUCAAUUUUGAAGUUAAUCAACACAAAUUGGAAAGAGUAUGAGUAAUGAUAAACACAAUCAAACAAUAAUUAUAAUAGUAACUCAUAUAAGCUUUAAGUUUCUGUGAGCUCUCUAAAAGGCCUAGGA